AUGCUCCGUGGUGCUCAGGAUUUCAAUGAAGAUAACACUGUUGAGUACUCCCCAAGCAGUGGCGCGCCCAAGAAAAACCUUCAUCGAAGACAAGCUAAAGGAUUUGCUGUCCAGCCUGGAGACGACGACGAGGUUUUACGAUCGCUGGUACGAGAGUGGAUAUUCCAUCGAACAAGUCACCCGUAG